AUGCCGUUUCCAUUACAGGUCGCAAAGAUUUUUUGUUUGUUGUUGCUACAUUGGUUCUGGGAUGAAGGAGUGAUCCAGGGGAGCUUCCCUGGAGGGGAACAAGGAGUGACCGAGGGGAGCUUCCCUGGAGGGGAACAAGGAGUGAUCCAGGGGAGCUUCCCUGGAGGGGAACAAGGAGUGAUCCAGGGGAGCUUCCCUGGAGGGGAACAAGGAGGGGUACAGGGGAGCUGCCCUGGUGGGGAACAAGGAGGGGUACAGGGGAGCUGCCCUGGAGGGGAACAAGGAGGGGUACAGGGGAGCUGCCCUGGAGGGGAACAAGGAGGGGUACAGGGGAGCUUCCCUGGAGGGGAACAAGGAGGGGUACAGGGGAGCUGCCCUGGAGGGGAACAAGGAGGGGUACAGGGGAGCUUCCCUGGAGGGGAACAAGGAGGGGUACAGGGGAGCUUCCCUGGAGGGGAACAAGGAGUGAUCCAGGGGAGCUGCCCUGGAGGGGAACAAGGAGGGGCACAGGGGAGCUUCCCUGGAGGGGAACAAGGAGGGGUACAGGGGAGCUGCCCUGGAGGGGAACAAGGAGGGGUACUGGGGAGCUUCCCUGGAGGGGAACAAGGAGUGAUCCAGGGGAGCUUCCCUGGAGGGGAACAAGGAGGGGGAGCUUCCCUGGAGGGGAACAAGGAGGGGUACAGGGAGCUUCCUGGAGGGGAACAAGGAGGGGUACAGGGGAGCUUCCCUGGAGGGGAACAAGGAGUGAUCCAGGGGAGCUGCCCUGGAGGGGAACAAGGAGGGGUACAGGGGAGCUUCCCUGGAGGGGAACAAGGAGGGGUACAGGGGAGCUUCCCUGGAGGGGAACAAGGAGGGGUACAGGGGAGCUGCCCUGGAGGGGAACAAGGAGGGGUACAGGGGAGCUUCCCUGGAGGGGAACAAGGAGUGAUCCAGGGGAGCUGCCCUGGAGGGGAACAAGGAGGGGUACAGGGGAGCUUCCCUGGAGGGGAACAAGGAGGGGUACAGGGGAGCUGCCCUGGAGUGGAACAAGGAGGGGUACAGGGGAGCUUCCCUGGAGGGGAACAAGGAGGGGUACAGGGGAGCUUCCCUGGAGGGGAACAUGGAGGGGUACAGGGGAGCUUCCCUGGAGGGGAACAAGGAGGGAUCCAGGGGAGCUGCCCUGGAGGGGAACAAUUAGGGGUACAGGGGAGCUUCCCUGGAGGGGAACAAGGAGUGAUCCAGGGGAGCUGCCCUGGAGGGGAACAAGGAGGGGUACAGGGGAGCUGCCCUGGAGGGGAACAAGGAGGGGUACAUGGAGCUGCCCUGGAGGGGAACAAGGAGGGGUACAGGGAGCUGCCCUGGAGGGGAACAAGGAGUGAUCCAGGGAGCUGCCCUGGAGGGGAACAAGGAGGGGUACAGGGAGCUUCCCUGGAGGGGAACAAGGAGGGGUACAGGGAGCUUCCCUGGAGGGGAACAAGGAGGGGUACAGGGAGCUUCCUGGAGGGGAACAAGGAGGGGUACAGGGGAGCUUCCCUGGAGGGGAACAAGGAGGGGUACAGGGAGCUUCCCUGGAGGGGAACAAGGAGGGGUACAGGGAGCUUCCUGGAGGGGAACAAGGAGGGGUACAGGGGCGCUGCCCUGGAGGGGAACAAGGAGGGGUACAGGGGAGCUUCCCUGGAGGGGAACAAGGAGUGA